CAGAGUGAAACCCUGUCUCUACAUAUAUACAUAAAUAUACAUACACAUAUACAUAUAUAUAAAUAUUAACAUAAGUUCAGAGUUCAUAGUUAAUAAUUGCCUGAGAUUCAUUGCCACAUUGCCUAUUGACACUUUCUAGAAGAAAGGGCACCCUACACAUAACAAAGUCUGAUUUUUCAUUGAGUUGAAAUUCACACAGCAAAAUUCACCAUUUGAAAUUCAACAACUCAGUUGCAUUUAUUGCAGUGUUAUGUAACCAUCCCUUCCAUCUAGUUCCAAAACUUCUCCAGAGGAAUUUUAAAAGAAGGGCAACUUGUAUAAUGAUCAAUAAACUGUAUGUGUCGAAAACUAAUGAUUUUACUUAUGGGGAGUGAUAAAUUAAUAGGUUCUCCCAAAGUAAAGCAAACUUACUAUAACUAUUAUAUGCAAUUGAAGUGUCUUUCCAUGUAACAUUCUAACAUCCUCAUCUUUGAGAUCAUUUACUUUAUCUUCAGUUAUACAGGAUGUAAACUCAUAAAGAACAAAAUGCACCAGAGUAAAUUGCUCAUCAUGUUACAGAAUGAGAACACAGAGCACAGUCAAUAUCAAGCACUUGAUACAGCAUCUCACAAAGUAAUUUUAAAAUUAAGUCAAAUUGUCUGUUCUGAGAACAUUUACACUGGGUAAGAAUAAUCAGUCUUGACUCACCUUUAAAGUGGGCAGAAAAGGCAUGCCCAGUAAGGUAAAAUGAGUUUCAUUCAUCUCACCCAUUUUUCAUCAUAAAUAAUGUGGAAGGACAUCAACAGCACAUGGAUUUAGUUUGGUCUCAGAGAACUUUUCUGUUUAGCUGGAUAGAGAGGUGUGACAAGAAAAAGUUAAAUAUUGGCAUAUUCCAAACUUUCCAUCCAUUGAUAGGAUCUGUGGUAGUUGAGUUUCACUAAAUCAGACUAAAUUCAUUCAAGGCAUAUUUUGGAGCAGAGAAAUUUGAUAAGGAAGUAUCUGAACAGGACAUGAAAAGACUUGGGAAAAAUGGAGGGUAUUUUAGAUGAUGGAGAUGAAUAAGGCCUGCUUAUUUAUUAGAGACACCGUAAUCUGUGUAAUGCAAUCCCAAUUAAAAGUAAAACCAAACAAAAUGUAUGUAUUGAAUGGAUAGCACAGCUCUAAGUUUGGGACAGAUACUAAUAAUUUUUUCCUUCAAAUAAAUUGCAUUCUUCAGCCCUGUAUACAUUAUAUAAGUAAAUGAUGACACAUGACUGUGAAAAUGUGCCCCCAAUAAAUGGUACAGUUAAGAAAUGCUGGGUUUAUGAUUUGGAAAAAUGGGAAGGGCUCCAUUAAGGAGCUGAGACUUACCUGAGGGCAUGUCUUUUGGAUAGGUGGAAGAAGCCAACAGAUGCGUUGGUGUACUUUAUCCUUCAGAGAAGCUGCAAGUUCUUAAAGUUUAACUUUAGGGCCUGGAGGUUUCUUGUGAAAAUUAUGAUUUCAUAAUUCAUCAGCAAAUAAAUAAAUAAUUGCCAUUUAUAUGUAGUGAUCUCCCCAAAUGAAAUGACCGCUGUCAUCAUUUAUUCUCUAUUAGAUACCAUGAAGUAAAUUCUACUCUUUUGCCAGCCAUAAAACUUAGGAGCAAGGAUAAACUUUUUCAGAGAUAAUAUUUUUAGAGUCAAUUUCUAAAAAUUGUUAGGCAAAAUUUUAGAAGUCUUAUUUUGGAAACUAGAUCCUUUUAAGUCUGUUUACAAAUUAUAUUAAGGUAUUAAUUCCUAUUUCAUUGUUAUAUAUUCUGGUUCUCAUAGUCUCUCCUUGAAGUGAUGCAUAAUCAAUAAUGUGAUCAAAUAUACUUUUUGAUGAAAAAACAAAAGCAGUAUUUUUCAGCAGAAAUAGGAUGAAUCAGAACUUAUUCAAAUCUUGGCCCUAUUAUUUAAUAGCUUUAUGUCCAUGGCAAAAUUACCUAAGCUGCCUGGACCAAUGCAAUUUUUUAAAAAUUUUAAAAUAAAUACGAACUGUACGGGAUUAGUGAAGAUCAGAAAUAAUGUAUGUUAUGAACCUAGCAGAAUGCCUGAAACCUAGGUGGAACUCAUGAAGGUAGCUUUUAUUGUUGUGAGGGAGAUGGUGAUCAAAGGUUUUAAAAGGUAGUAAAAAUUUCUCUACUUCAUUUUUCUAAGAGGAUAUGGAAAUGGGGGUGUUCCUGGGCUUUAUUGGGGCGGAGCUUAAAGUGUUUAAAUGAUAUAUCCUUGCAGUUCUUCCUACAAACAUGCAGGUUUUAUCCAAAGGAAAUUCUUACCUCUGACCCCAUUCACACUUUCCUUUCUCACUCUUUUAUUGCUAUAGGGGAUUUGAUAAAGGGAGAAAGGCAACUUCGGGUCCUAGUCCCAAGGGUAGAAUGAAAGGAGAAUUCCUUUUAUUCUUUACCUCCCAUCCUUCUCUCUUUCCCCAGUUACGUUCAUUUUUUAAUUUCGUGGGAAAAAAAUAAUAAUUUUAUAGGAAGCUGGCUGUCUGUGACUAAUCUUAGCACCAGGGUGCCACAGAUUUCCUGGAAUCUUUUUCCAGGUGGAAAACAGACGCAUCCCAAAGUCUCGUUUAUGUAGUCCAAGGGAAAGAGUACUUGUGGCAGUCCAUAGGAUUCUCUCUCUGAUGUUUUGCCCUAGUCUUUGUAUAAAAUGUUGGCUUUCUUUACAAGUGUCGGGCAUUUUCAGUGUAACAGCUACAACAGUGCCCAGUAACAUUUUUUUUUUUUUUUUUGGUCUGCUGAAUAUGUUUGCUCUUAAUGAUUGAGGUAAGGUGAAUAAUUGCUAUUGGUGCAAAAUAAAGACCACUUUUCUAAACUAUGGGUUAUCAUUCUUGAUAUUUUCUCAUAUCUGCCUGACUUGGGGCCACAUGAACCCCAUUUUGAUCUUUGAAAUUUAGGUUACCUUGGCCUUGGAUGAAAUGCCAGUGUAUUGAGUAUAAUAUUUUUGGUUUGGGUCAAAACUGAGGACUUCAGUGCCAUAUAUUUCAACUGGGUGCUUUUGGAAGGAAUUAUAAAUUACCCUGGUUUAGCCUAAACACCUGCUGAUAUUGUUUUUUUAAUAUUUACAUGAAUAUUGGUCAUUGAAAUCUUACUAUCUUUCAGUUUGAAUACUUUAAAUGCUUCUAUAGACAUUUUCUACACUGAAAUUGUAUAUCCUUUGCUAGAAUCUUUGUAAGAGAGUUCUCACUGCUUUAAAAUCAAAUAAGCCUAGAAGAUAAACACAGGAAUUAUUUUAAAACACCAUUUACUAGUAUGUAAAUGCAGGUUAUAGAGAGAUGAAAUUAAGGAUAACUCAUGUUGCCUAUAAACUUGUCAUAGCCAUGGUUACAAUUAUGCAAAUUGGUGCAGGCUUUUGUUGUUAGUGAUAGUACUGCAAACACAGUUUAAGAUGUUAAAACCCUUUAAAUCAUUGAUAAUUUUGGACUAAUUUCAUCUUAAAGGAAGAAGUGAUAAUAUUCUUAUCUCCUGCCAUUUACAGCUGAAAUAUACUUCAAAGCAGCGGAGAUUGUGCCCUACAAAAUAUAAUGUGCUUAAAGUGGAUUUUCCUGGAACUUGAGUUCUAAAUUUUACUGCUUCAGGGACCCAUAUGAUGGCUCUGUAGUAUAGAUUUAGAGAGAGUUUUAAAGACCCCUGUUGAUAUAGGUGAACAAAAUGGUUCCUUGGAAACCGUUUAGAUGUGCAGUCACAGUAAGUGUGGAUUUCAGGUUCAGAUGCAUAUUGUGUACAGUGACAAGCAGCAGAGUGCUUGGGGAAGCCUGUGGUCUCUAUUAAGGACAGUGCAUUUCUUCUGGUGUUUUAAUGACUGUUGUUUUAAAAGAAAAAAAAAUCAGCAUUGAAACUAUCUGGAAGGUAAAGCUCCUGAAACCUAACCCAGAAGGCAUGCUCUCAUAGAAAACUCUUCUUAGUACUUGCAGUGCGGUGAUAAUUGAGGACAUGUGGUAUGUAUUACAGUGCCAGGGAAUUCAAACCUCUGCAGUGUGGAGUCACCAUGAAAGGCUAAUCUAAAAAUGAAGUGGUAGCUUUGCUCCCAUCAUAACUCUGCUGCUUACCGGUGCUUUCUAUUAGCUUGACAUCAGUUAGCUUGACAUUAGUCUGCUUUGGGUGAGACAGAAGAAAUGGAAAUUCAAAGGGGACCCCAGCAGAGGAUAUAUGGGCUGCCACCCGCUCCCCUAGCACUCCCUCCAGACGUACUCAGCAUUUCUCCCUGGGCAUGACAAAGUCUUACAUAGUCAUUGCAAAAAGGGCUAAAAGGCAGAGCUGUCCAUGGUUAGGGAAAAAAAAAAAUGUUUGAACUGUUGGUUGAAAACCAGGUAAUAACAGUCCUCUUAGUGAACAAAACUUAUUAGAGGGCUAGAGAAGGAAUGCUAUCUCUCAGCAGCAGGCAGGAAGAAAUUGCUGUUGAAAAGCUUACCUCUCUAGGGAGGAAUCAGAUAUCAGACUUCGCCAAGCCCCAGGUCCAACCCAGAAGGUCCCACCUACACCCCCCCACCCCCCUCCCCAUCCCAGCUUUGUUAGAUUGCUAGAAUCGAUCGCUGGCUUUUUCUAACCCAACAGUGGGUGAAGGAAAGAGCCUGAAAGCCGGCAAGGUGGGGGUGGAAGAAGACUGGGACCACUUUUGUAGAGAAAGAAAGAAAAAGAGAAGAAAACGGGUGGGGGCCAUGGGGACUAGGCUUAACUGAUGCCUGCCUGCCUCUCUUUGAUUUGAUGGCCUUUAUUCCUUCUAAUUGGAUAAAAUAGGAAGUCAGUGGUGGUCCUGUGCGGCUGGGAUACUGAUUUUACUCAGACCAGCCUGCAGCUCUAGAGUGGAUAGAGAGUGAAGAGUGGGGGUUGGUAGAGGGGGAGGAAAGAGAGAGGAGAGAGGACGGGCUUGGAUGAAGAGGGGAAAGAAAGAGAAAGAGACUGAAGCAGAGAAGAGCCGCAGAGGAAGAAAGUGAAUGAGCACUCAAGAAGGACAAAGAGGAGUAGCCGGGGGUGGGUGGAGGCAGGGCGGGGAAGGGAGUGACCGCCCCUCCUGGCCGCACUCUUGCCUCCCCAGCCCUUGGUGUUUGCAGUGAUGCUCCGAGGGCAGGCACCUGCUGCUCUGUAAUGAUUCAGCCCCUUUCAGCCGUCGUCGCGCUAACACAACAGGAUGCUGUUGCUAUUGUCACUGCUGCCUCUCCUGCCGCCGCCGCUGCUGCCGCCGCCGCCGCUGGUCCUCCUCCUGCUGUUACUUCUCCUGCAUGACAGUUGUUUUCUUCAUCUGAGCAGACACCAGCUUCAGAUGCUCGAGGUGAGAAACAUGCCUUUCAGUUUGGGCUACUGGUUUACUUAAUUCACCAGUGGGCAGCUCCGUCGAUCUAUUUUGGUCCCUGUCCUCUUGACCAGCCCGGGAUGGUUUGGAGAAGCAUUUAAAAGAACUCGAAAAGUGGCUCAGAAACAGCAGCUUAGAGAAUUAUUAAGAUAUACUUUGAUUUUGUAGUUGCUGAGAGCUUUUCUUCCCCCCUUGCAUCUUCCCAAACUCUUCUUGAUUUUUAUAAUGGCCUUGGACUUGGACAGUUUAUCGAUUUCCCCCUGUAAGAUGCUGUAUCAUUUGGUUGGGGGGGCCUCUGCGUGGUAAUGGACCGUGAGAGCGGCCAGGCCUUCUUCUGGAGGUGAGCCCAUGGAGAUUUAUUCCCCAGAUAUGUCUGAGGUCGCCGCCGAGAGGUCCUCCAGCCCCUCCACUCAGCUGAGCGCAGACCCAUCUCUUGAUGGGCUUCCGGCAGCAGAAGACAUGCCAGAACCCCAGACUGAAGAUGGGAGAACCCCUGGACUUGUGGGCCUGGCUGUGUCCUGCUGUGUGUGCCUGGAAGCUGAGCGCCUGAGAGGUUGCCUGAACUCAGAGAAAAUCUGCAUUGUCCCCAUCCUGGCUUGCCUGGUCAGCCUCUGCCUCUGCAUCGCCGGCCUCAAGUGGGUAUUUGUGGACAAGAUCUUUGAGUAUGACUCUCCUACUCACCUUGACCCGGGGGGGUUAGGCCAGGACCCUAUUAUUUCUCUGGACCCAACUGCUGCCUCAGCUGUGUGGGUGUCGUCGGAGGCAUACACUUCACCUGUCUCUAGGGCUCAAUCUGAAAGUAAGGUUCAAGUUACAGUGCAAAUUGACAAGGCUGUUGUCUCCUCUGAACCGUCAGUGGCAUCAACACCGAAGAAUCGUAUUUUUGCCUUUUCUUUCUUGCCUUCCACUGCACCAUCCUUCCCUGCACCCACCCGGAACCCUGAGGUGAGAACACCCAAGUCAGCAACUCAGCCACAAACAACAGAAACUAAUCUCCAAACUGCUCCUAAACUUUCUACAUCUACAUCUACUACUGGGACAAGCCAUCUUGUAAAAUGUGCAGAGAAGGAGAAAACGUUCUGUGUGAAUGGAGGCGAAUGCUUCAUGGUGAAAGACCUUUCAAACCCCUCGAGAUACUUGUGCAAGUGCCAACCUGGAUUCACUGGAGCAAGAUGUACUGAGAAUGUGCCCAUGAAAGUCCAAAACCAAGAAAAGGCAGAGGAGCUCUACCAGAAGAGAGUGCUGACCAUAACCGGCAUCUGCAUCGCCCUCCUUGUGGUCGGCAUCAUGUGUGUGGUGGCCUACUGCAAAACCAAGAAACAGCGGAAAAAGCUUCAUGACCGUCUUCGGCAGAGCCUUCGGUCUGAACGAAACAACAUGAUGAACAUUGCCAAUGGACCUCACCAUCCCAACCCACCCCCCGAGAAUGUCCAGCUGGUGAAUCAAUACGUAUCUAAAAACGUCAUCUCUAGUGAGCAGAUUGUUGAAAGAGAAGCAGAGACAUCCUUUUCUACCAGUCACUAUACUUCCACAGCCCAUCACUCCACUACUGUUACCCAGACUCCUAGCCACAGCUGGAGCAACGGACACACUGAAAGCAUCCUUUCAGAAAGCCACUCUGUAAUCAUGAUGUCAUCCGUAGAAAACAGUAGGCACAGCAGCCCAACUGGGGGCCCAAGAGGACGUCUUAAUGGCACAGGAGGCCCUCGUGAAUGUAACAGCUUCCUCAGGCAUGCCAGAGAAACCCCUGAUUCCUACCGAGACUCUCCUCAUAGUGAAAGACAUAACCUUAUAGCUGAGCUAAGGAGAAACAAGGCACACAGAUCCAAAUGCAUGCAGAUCCAGCUAUCAGCAACUCAUCUUAGAUCUUCUUCCAUUCCCCAUUUGGGCUUCAUUCUCUAAGACCCCUUGGCCUUUAGGAAGGUAUGUGUCAGCCAUGACCACCCCGGCUCGUAUGUCACCUGUAGAUUUCCACACGCCAAGCUCCCCCAAAUCACCCCCUUCGGAAAUGUCUCCACCCGUGUCCAGCAUGACGGUGUCCAUGCCUUCCAUGGCGGUCAGCCCCUUCGUGGAAGAAGAGAGACCUCUACUUCUCGUGACACCACCGAGGCUGCGGGAGAAGAAGUUUGACCAUCACCCUCAGCAGUUCAGCUCCUUCCACCACAACCCCGCGCAUGACAGUAACAGCCUUCCCCCUAGCCCCUUGAGGAUAGUGGAGGAUGAGGAGUAUGAAACGACCCAGGAGUACGAGCCAGUCCAGGAGCCUGUUAAUAAACUCGCCAAUAGCCGGCGGGUCAAAAGAACCAAGCCCAACGGCCACAUUGCUAACAGAUUGGAAGUGGACAGCAACACAAGCUCCCAGAGCAGUAACUCAGAGAGUGAAACAGAAGAUGAAAGAGUAGGUGAAGAUACACCUUUCCUGGGCAUACAGAACCCCCUGGCAGCCAGUCUUGAGGCAACACCUGCCUUCCGCCUGGCUGACAGCAGGACUAACCCAGCAGGCCGCUUCUCAACACAGGAAGAAAUCCAGGCCAGGCUGUCUAGUGUAAUUGCUAACCAAGACCCUAUUGCUGUAUAAAACCUAAAUAAACACAUAGAUUCACCUGUAAAACUUUAUUUUAUAUAAUAAAGUAUUCCACCUUAAAUUAAACAAUUUAUUUUAUUUUAGCAGUUCUGCAAAUAGAAAACAGGAAAAAAAACUUUUAUAAAUUAAAUAUAUGUAUGUAAAAAUGUGUUAUGUGCCAUAUGUAGCAAUUUUUUACAGUAUUUCAAAAUGAGAAAGAUAUCAAUGGUGCCUUUAUGUUAUGUUAUGUCGAGAGCAAGUUUUGUACAGUUACAGUGAUUGCUUUUCCACAGUAUUUCAGCAAACCCUCUCAUAGAUUCAGUUUUUGCUGGCUUCUUGUGCAUUGCAUUAUGAUGUUGACUGGAUGUAUGAUUUGCAAGACUUGCAGCUGUCCCUCUGUUUGCUUGUAGUAGCACCUGAUCAGUAUGUCUUGUAAUGGCACAUCCGUCCGAUACGCCUCUCUCGUGUAUGAAGUUUUCUUUGCUUUCAGAAUAUGAAAUGAGUUGUGUCUACUCUGCCAGCCAAAGGUUUGCUCAUUGGGCUCUGAGAUAAUAGUAGAUCCAACAGCAUGCUACUAUUAAAUACAGCAAGAAAACGCAUUAAGUAACGUUAAAUAUUAGGAAGAAAGUAAUACUGUGAUUUAAAAAAAAACUAUAUUAUUAAUCAGAAGACAGCUUGCUCUUACUAAAAGGAGCUUUCAUUUACUUUAUUUGGAUUUAUUUUUCUUGACAAAAAGCAACAGUUUUAGGGAUAGCUUAGACAAAUGGGUUCUGGCUUGCUAUCAGGGUAAAUCUAACACCUUACAGGAGGACUCAGUGUCACUUUCUCUCUGAGGGAAUGAUCCAGCGGCUUCUCUAGUUGAAGAUCAAACCACAGCUGAUAAAGGUGCAAUCAUUUCUGACUUGUAUUUUUCACUGAUUUUGAGCUAGUGAUUGGUUGUGUCUUCUCGGCUCAGAAGGAGGCAUAUUGCGGCACAAAAAGUCCAGGCCAGACAGCACAUGCAGCAUUUUGUCUGAAGUACUUCUAGAGUCAAACGUGCCUGCUAUACGUAGCAGUGUCUUGUCAUCAUAGGGAAAUAUUUCCGUCAUAGAGUGUUCAGAAGGAGUGACCAUGUAGGUGGAGAGAAGCUUGAUGACUCGGUUAAAAUUUUAAAAUGUGGAUGAUCAUCCCUUUCUACCCUUUAUUUUUCUAUUUUUCCAUGUUGCCUUGAUCAGGUCAUAACUGUGCAUGAACAUUUUUAUCAGGAAUGGCCGAUGUGUAUGUGAUUUUUGAUUAGUUAGAACUUUCCGCAAGUCAUGAUUCAUCAGGAAAUGUCGAUCCUGUUGGAAAGAUUGCACCUUUACUUGCAGAAGUGACCCCCACCUGUGUCCUGACCUCUCCAUUUACAGGCUCCACCGCCCAUUUCCCCCACCUCCUUUAAUUUCUGCUUUACUGUCAUAACGUAGGACUAAGAUUGGUCUAAACAUUGCAUGUUCUCUUGUGAUGGUAAAUCAAAGGAAGACCUAUAAGUAUUAACAUUUGAAAUAACUGCUAAUUCAGGAAAAUGGAAGAAAAAAGUUAUUUGAAACACAGAACCCAUUUCAUGGCCUGCCUGAUAUCUGUGAAAUCAGGGCUGGAGCUUAGGUUUCACGUAGCCUCCUAGGUGCCGUGAAACAAAUGGGAAACAGGAUAUUGGCGGGGGGAGGUUCAUGAAGUCAGUGAGAGUCAUUGCUUAUUAUUUGUGAGUGAACUGAAUGUAUUUCUUCACCAAAUCUUGAUGUUAAAAAUUAAAAAGGAGAAAUGACAUGUAAGUAGGUCUUAGCAGAACAAUGCAGGCUGGGCAUGAGUCAUGUUAUGCUCCCACAUGCUUCUGCAAUCCGCAGAGAUGGCUCUCUGCAGGUUCUUGAAGUUACUGUUAGUAUUUGGUAUCUCAUAUUUUCCAUCACUGUUCACAUGCCACUUUCUCUGUGCUCGGUGGUAUCCUCAUUUGCUUUUUAACCUACACUGAGAAGCCUCUGUCAACUUGUACUGAUUUUUCAAUUCUGCAGAAAUGAGUAAGCUCACGGCAUGGGGAAGAAGAGAGUCAGCCCAGUGAAGUUCUCUAAAUUAUUUUAACAUUGCCUUUGAAGGCCUUGACUCAUCCUUAGCUAUUUUAAUAAAGUAAUUCCUACCAUAAAUUUAAAACCCUAAAAAUUCAAGUUUCAAAUUCUUUGGGCACUGGGGUACUCAGAUGUCCCAUUAUGGAAGAAUUUUGAGAAUAAAUAGAACCUUCUGUUGAGAACCAUGAGCAACAUUUUUCUUACUAUAAGAAUUGCUAUACAUUUUCCAAUUGCAAAUAUAUAUGAAAAUUUAAGACAAGAGGAAGUUUUAUUUCCAACUUGAUUCUGAUCACUCACAGAGGUGGCAUGUUAUUAUAAUUGGGACAUCCUUUGAACCCUUGAUAAGAAAGGCCAACUGGUCAGGGCCCCCUCCCGUGGCCACUAGAUUUGUGUUCACAGGGAUAUCUCUGUGAUGCUUGUCACAUCACUCUCAGCCACUUCUAUUAAUAAAUUCAGGCAGUGCAGUGGCAAUCGUAGUGUGAACCUGUGUUUCCAGCAUAUGGAAAGCUAUCUUGGGUUUUAAGGCACUAGAAAUUGCCCAGGAUUUUGACAGAAUCUUUGUUUCCUGGGUCUAAAAUCAUAUUCCACUGAGGUGUAUGCAGUGGAGCAUAAUAUAUGCAAAACUCUUUUUGUCUCACCUAAGAUUCACUUUCUUACUUUGCCUUCCUGCCUAAUAUGACUUUUGCCCCCAGGAGUGCCUGGACAGCAUUCUAGUUUCUACAAACUGGCCUUCUGUGUCGUUGAAUGUGUCCCAAACCUGCUAUCUCUUUCUUGUUUCAGUGUGACUGUCUUGAGUUUAUCCAGGGUAACUUGCUCAGUAACUACUCCUUCUUAUGGCCUGGGGUUAAAGGGCGCAUGGCUCACAUUGAUGAAAAUAAGGAAGGCCUAGUCUUAUCUUGUAUUAAUAAUACUGCCUGCAUUCCACCAGCCAGAGAUUUCUAUCUGCAAAGACCUAUGAAACACUGAAGAGAAAUGUAGGCAGAAGGAAAUGGCCACAUAUCACAAGUUCUAUUAUAUAUUCUUUUGUAAAUACUUAUUGUACAUUACUUGGAUGUUUUCUUAUAUCAUUUACUGUCUUUAUGAGUUAAUGUCAGUUUUUACCCUCUCAACUUACUGUGUAACAUUGUAAAUAACAUAAUGUCCUUUAUUAUUUAUAUUUAAGCAUCUAACAUAUAGAGUUGUUUUCAUAUAAGUUUAAGAUAAAUGUCAAAAAUAUAUGUUCUUUUGUUUUUCUUUGCUUUAAAAUUAUGUAUCUUUUCCUUUUUCUUUUUUUUAAGAAUAAUUUAUUGUUCAGGAGAAAGAAUGUAUAUGUAAUUGAAACUAUCUGAAGAAUGCACAUUGAAGGCCAUGAGGUACUGAUAAACUAAAGAAUUUAUUAUUCAAAAUACUAAGCAAUAAGUAAUUGUGAUUUAUUUAAAGUUUUGUCCAUUUUCCAUGAAAGACAUACUGCAAUAAAAAUGCUACUCUGUGGAGACCUGGGAGUGUUGCUCAGCAGACUACAGCUUCAGUCUGUUAGACCAGCACCUUUCAUCUCAUUCCCAUAGUUGUGCUAAUUUAGGAUUGUGUUCUGUGAACCCUUGAUCAUCUUGUCUGUCCAUCACUUUUGCCAAACCGCCUGUUCUCGAAUCAUCUUCUCCCUGUCAGUGCUGUUUAUCACUUUCUUCCUUGUUGAAGAGGCCACACAACCAGACAGUAUGACGUUUCCUUUUUCUUCCAUACACGAUAAUAGAGAAUAUUUUAGGGCAUGACUGCCUGGAUCCUGGCUGUUGCUAUGUUUUGAAGUGACAGUAAGAAACUCCCCCAGACUAAUGAAAAUGUCAAUGUGCCAUUCAAUCACAAAAGGCAAAGAAAAAUGCUUUCAUGGUUCAAAUAGUCCAAUGGCCCAUAGUGGCCUAAAAGGCAGCCAGUUGAGACCCGGCCAUGCUUCUCUUCCCUAUAGCGCCAGUUAAUUGGCUUUCCAUCAGGCCCACAAUUUAUGGGUUCACAGUUUUAGAAGAGGAGAAGACCAAGUUGGGUUCAUUCCUCUUAUUCUGUCAAUAAAACAAAUCAAACUCAUGUCUAUCUAACUGCUCAGGGAGGAGCCUUUACAUGAGAAAAUUCUCAUAUUCUAAGACUGAGUCAUAGAAAUGAGGGUAUUACUUUUCAUAUUGCAAUUAACCUAGACAAAAGCCAUAUUUUAACAAAUAGAUAUUUGCAUGGUACCUUUCAUGUAUUUCAAGCAUUUUGCUCUUUAUUACAAUUAGGUUAAGAGCUUCCGAAGUAUAUGGAGCAAAGGUCAGCAAUCGUUUGGAGUGAACAGUGGCCUCCUUUGGAGUUAGGGGGUAACCCGAGACUUCCCACCAACAUCCACCUCCAUCUAUGUAUGCAAUUCCUAUUACCUAGUUACUGCUCCACCAGAAUCAUUUCCAGACAUUCUGGAUGUCCAGGAGAUUUAAAUUGUAGCUUUUGACUGAGCUAGCUUUUCCUAUUUAUAUUAAUACCUUCUUGAAAAAUGCUUGAAAUCUUCACAUUUGCAACAGCUUUCGUUUUCAUGCACAUACGAACACCCAGAGAGACAAAAAUUCCCAACAGAUACUCUCUGAAAGCCAUCACAUUUUCACUUGCUCUAGAGUCAAUCAGCCAACCAGCCAUGCAGAAUAAUGUCUGAGAAUAAUAACUAAGAAUAAUGUCUCAAACUUAAAGGCUGAGACAUUUUUCUCAGUUUCUGCUGUGGCUUUGUACCCAAAUUGAACACUAGGCAGCGAUCAUAGUAAUUUUGGUUAAAAUUCUUUGCCUGGGAUAUAGUAAUUGAGGCAGAAGCACAUGUGUGAAGGAGGCGAGGUACUUUGGAAAGAGUGAAGACUCAGACUCACAUGCAGCCAGAUUGAAUAUCUGGAGAAUUACUGCAAUUCUCCCUUCUUGGUCAAAACCAUGUUCUCUCUUAAUUUUCAACCUCAGGCUGGCACAAGCAAACCUGAGUCUUCCUAAUCAUUAGAUUUCUUUUCUGUUCUACCCAUGAAUGACAAAAGAACUUGAUGUUCAUGCUUUGGGGUUAAAUAAGGCAGGUCUGAAACCUAGAGACUCAAGAUGCUGGAAGGAGUGGAAAGUUUAGCUGAGUUUAUAUGAAUCACUUUGUGCUCUGUGUCUGGCUUGUCCUCUUUGAAACUGAUUUAAUAAAGUAAAUGUAUGGAAACGAAUCCUCCAAAAGAUUAAUUUGGCAGGAAAUACAAAUACUUUCACUUUAUGAAAGACAAAACUCUCUCGUUGCUACAGGAAGCUGCAAUAUUCCUAACCUUUAAGGUUGUUGUUGAGUGGGGUGGUCAUGCCCUCUUCUGCAGAUGUCUUGAGGCUCCUGUUGACCUCCUGGUACUGCAAUUAGUGGACUUCUCUGGGUAGCUACUGAUUUUGAAUUUUAAGUACACUUCAAAACUUUAUCCACCAGGAAAAUAGGAAAAAAGUUUGGUUACCUGGAGGAAACCUAUUGUGAUCUACCCGAGCUUUUUAAAAACAGGCUAGGAGAAGAAAAUCAGUAAUUUUUAAAGAAGAGACAGAGAAUGGGAUAAUAGUUUCACCCAGGAUCUCUUUCUGACCCUUUCCCUUCCAAUGGACUUAUUGGAACAGAAUUGGAAAGAAAAAAGACAACUCUGCCCACCCCACAGCAUGCAGAAAAAGCUAAAAGAAUUACUCUGCAGAUCUGAACAUCUUUAAUGGCUUAUGUACAGAUUUGCUAUACUAAUGUAGAGAGAAAUGAACUAUUAAAUAAAAAUCACAUUUUAUAA